GCUCGUGUUUACAAACUAGCUGGCUAGCAGACCGGCGUGAGCGCUUGUAGGUCAGCGUAGCGGGGCUGUUCACGAGCCUUCUAAAUCAAGACGUUAUGCUGGGCUUUUUAUGUAAACUUUAAAUAAAGAAAAUGAAAGUUGUUGCGUUGAUAAGUGGUGGCAAAGACAGCUGUUACAACAUGAUUCAGUGCGUUGCUGCAGGGCACACGAUAGUAGCGCUUGCCAACCUUCGACCAGCCAACACGGAUGAAAUGGACAGUUAUAUGUAUCAAACCGUUGGCCACCAAGCCAUUGACCUGUAUGCAGAGGCUAUGGGUCUGCCGCUGUAUAGGAGGACCAUAGAGGGCUGUAGUCUGAACAUUGAGCGAGAAUAUAGCCAAAAAGACGGGGAUGAGGUCGAAGACCUUUACCAGCUACUUAAACUUGUUAAGGAGAAGGAGAGUGUUGAAGCUGUGUCAGUUGGGGCCAUUCUGUCUGACUACCAAAGAGUUCGGGUGGAACAUGUGUGCUCCAGAUUGCAGCUCCAACCCCUGGCCUACCUGUGGCGGCGGGAGCAGGCAGCCCUGCUGAGGGAGAUGAUAUCCAGUGGCCUCCACGCCCUCCUUAUCAAAGUGGCAGCGUUGGGCCUGGAUCCUGGAACACAUUUAGGAAAACCUCUAGCAGAGAUGGAGUCCUAUCUGCAAGAGCUUUCCGAGAAGUACGGCGUGCACGUCUGUGGAGAGGGCGGCGAGUACGAGACCUUCACCACCGACUGCCCGCUCUUCAACAGGAGGAUAGUCAUUGACGCCAUGGAGACGGUCGUCCACUCGGCGGACGCCUUCGCGCCUGUCGGAUACCUGCGCUUCACAAAGAUGCACACAGAGGACAAGGGGAGUGGGCUCACUGCCGGCUCCGCACACACCCUCCUGCCCCGUGGUGGCUGCCCGUGCCUGAGAAACGCAGACGAGCUGACUGCUGAGGUGCCAUGCGCCGAUCGAACCUGCGACCACCACUUGCGACCAGAACUUGCGUCAGUGGGCGACCUUAUCUGUGAGCGGGUCCUCCCUGAGACAGAGUGCCAGCCCAGGAGCUCGGGCAGAAGCCGUGGAGGCUAUGAGUGGAUCACGGGCAUCGGUGGUGAUUCCUCGGAGUGCGCCGAUGUUCAGGGCCAAACCCAGCAGGCCCUCGCGCUGCUGCAGGGUGAACUGCAGAAGAGCGGAUGGCAGCUAAAGCACGUUGUGCUGGUUCACCUCUACGUGAAGGACAUGGAGGACUUUAGCGAGGUCAACUCCGUGUACGGAUCGUUAUUCAGACACCGCCCGCCGGCCAGGGUGUGCAUCCAGGCACGGCUGCCUGCGGGUCAGCUCCUGCGGAUGGACGUUCUGCUCCACGACUGGGCGCUGCCUCCUGAAGAGGGCUGUUUCCAGCAGAGGGACACCCUGCAUGUGCGGAGCCUCUCUCACUGGGCCCCGGCCAGCAUCGGGCCCUACAGCCAGGCUGUGCGGGUGGAUGAGGCGGUGUUCUGCGCGGGGCAGAUAGCCCUGGUGCCCUGCACUAUGCAGCUGCUGCACGGCGGCCCGACACGGCAGGCCCAGCUGUGCUACGGCCACAUGAGUAGAGUGAUGGGGGCUGUGGGCCCAGGCCUCCACCUGCACCACGCGCUGCAGGCUCACUGCUACGUCACCCACAGCGCGUACAUCCCCGCCGUGAGGAGGGUCUGGCAACGCAGACUGCUGGAUGAGCACAGGCAGGUGUCCUGCAGCAGUGUGGAGAAGGUCCUGAGCACUCCUCUGGAAGUGGCAGUGGUGCCCUCCUUACCCAGAGGAGCAGACGUGGAGCUGCAUGUCAUCGCCGUGCGCGACGAGCCCGCGGGGAGGACCUCGUGCCAACGGACCUCCGAGGUGCUCGGUAAUGCUAUCCAGUGGCAGGUGCUGCAGGCCAGCAGCGGGCAGUACGCCAGCCUGUCCCUGAGCGUGACCCCAGCUGCUUCUGGGCCUGCGUGCACCCAGGCCGUACUGCAGGCCCUGGGCACCUCCCUCCAGCAGGCUCUGGGGCAGACGGAGAAGGCUCUCUCGCCUUUGUGUGCCAGAGUCUUCUACAAGGACAGCAGCGAGUUAGCCACAGGACUCUGCGCAGGGCUGGAGGGCUGCUUGGAGAGUGUGCUCGGUGUGAGCAGGCCAGCGCUGGUUCAGGUCCCUGUGCUGGAGCUCCCUGACUGUUCUCUCCUCCACAUCUCCUGCUGGCUCAGCAUCUAGCCGAGGGCAAAGGCCACACCCUCUGACCCCACGACCCCAUGCUGGACCGACGAGACUGCACUCACCAGCAUGUUGCUCAGUGAGAGGAAAGACUGUGGAAAGACCAAGACUGUGUGAAAUACAUGCGCAGAGAGCUAAGCCCCAAGAGAAGUUCAGAAUGCCAGCAGCAGCUGUGGCUGUUUCUUAUUGUUUAAUAUCAAGAUGCAAUAAAUACUCUUUACAGGAGAUUGCACUCAGUUGUGUGUGUAAUGGUAGAGUGUAUUCUGUGGGUGUGUCUGUAGCACAUGGCAUACGUGUGUUGUGCAACGUCCUGUUCUUUAUCAGAGUGAGUUAGAGGCCAUCCAACAGCAGCUGGCAUGAGAGAGAGAGAGAGAGAGAGAGAGAGAGAGAGAGAGAGGCUAUAGCACAUGGCUACAGAAAGCCUCCACUCCGCCCACUGCAGUGUCUGACCAGCGCCUACUGCCUCUCUCUCGCUCUCUCUCUCUCUCUCUCUCUCUCUCUCUUGCCCUGUCUCUCUUUUUUGAACUGAGGACAGUGUGCAGAAUUCCAACACUGUUUCUCCUCUUUGUGACUAAGACGCGUUUUCUCUUGUGCCUCACACGUGAGAAAUGUGUUGUUAUUUUGUAAUGGGCUAUCAGAGACAAGCACCAGAAGAGAUUAUGUCUCUUCAUGCCCUCCAUUGAUUCUAAGGGAGCGAUUAAUAGGAGAGGAGCUGCAGGGUAAACUGUACCGAGCCCUGAGUGUGUGGGUGUGGGGUGGGUGUGUUUCUGAUGGGGCUCUGUAAAAACAGACCUAUUAUCCAUUUCUCCUGGAACAUUUAUUUCUUGAAGAUCAUGAACUAUAUUGAUGCUGUGAAAUGGACUGGCAUUCAUCUUCACUCAAGCUACUCAUCUUUACUUUUUUUUUUUUUUUUUUUAAUUUGGGAUGACUGCAUGUUAGCAACUAUUGAUCUCUCUUUCUCUGUUUAUUUUCAAUUGUAAACAAUAACGUGGCGCUCACAACUUAACAGAUGGGCUUAUUAGAAAUGGAACAAGCUAUUCUCCCAAACAUAAACAUUAUAUAUUUUAAAUGA